AUCCUUAGUAGUGAAGCAUUUAUUGUUUGAUGAACUACGAUCGUUUUAUUUGCUGUUGGUGGCACAGUAAUUGAUCGACACGUGACACGUUCGGCAUCGAUAGUUUGAGACAACAACAACAACAAAAAUGGAAAUUUCUUGGACACUACGUCUAUUGUUAUUAUGGUCAUCCUUACUAUGGCCAUUAAUGUUACAUUGUACCGGCAGUUCGAUUGAUGACAUACCUUCGGCAGAAGAGUUGUUCGGUCAAGAGGAAUCCUAUCAUGUUGUCGAAUGUGUAAUGCCACUAUAUUUUCUAUGUCAGAAUAACAAUUGUCUGCCUGAAAGUCAUCUUUGUGAUGGCGAAAAUGAUUGUGGUGAUAAUUCAGAUGAAGAUCCAAAUUAUUGUGCACAAAUGCAAUGUAAUGCAACUACUGAAUUCAAAUGUAAUAGCGGUCGUUGCGUACCAAAAGCAAGUCGUUGUGAUCGGCAUCCACAAUGUCGUGAUCGUUCGGAUGAAUUCAAUUGUGUGUAUGAACCAUGUCCAAAAGGAACAUUUUCUUGCGCCAAUCAUAGCCAAUGUUUGGACAUGAGUGAAGUUUGUGAUGGCAGUAUUGAUUGUAAAGAUGGUCUAGCAUCGGAUGAACUUCAUCCAAAUCCAUGUCCAGCUAAUGUUACUUGUCCAUCAUCAUCAUUCAAAUGUACUAACACUAAUGUCUGUGCUCUACCAAAUUGGAUGUGUGAUGGCGAGAAUGAUUGCGGUGAUAACUCGGAUGAGAAUGAAGAAAAUUGUAAAAAUUUCAAAUGUCCCGAGGAUUGGUUUCGUUGUGCAGAUAAUCGAUGUAUAUCGAUGAACAACGUAUGUAACGGGGUAAUCGAUUGUAAAGAUGGUCUUGCUUCGGAUGAAAGACAUCCAGAUCCUUGUCCACGAAACGUUACCUGUCCAAAUGAUUUUUUUAGCUGUGAAGAGACGAAUAUAUGUGCCCAUCCACAUUGGCUUUGUGAUGGAGCCGAUGAUUGUGGUGACAAAUCCGAUGAGGAUAUCGAAAAGUGUGCCAAGACUCCGUGUCCUGAAGAUUGGUUUCGUUGUUCACAAACUCAACGAUGUAUACCACCAAAUUGGCGCUGUGAUGGAUCCGAAGAUUGUCAAAAUGGAGAAGAUGAAACUGAUUGUGAACAUGAUUAUAUGCAUGAUGUUUUCAUACCAGAAAAUAAUACCCUUAUAUCAUAUGUUAAUCAUUCAACCAGCGCUGAUUUGGAAUCCAUAUCGAAGAAUUUAACAAUCAAUAGUAAACAAAACAAUAGUAAUCACGAUGGAUUAAAACAAGUGGCCGCUGCUGUAUCAAAUCCGAUCUCAUCAUAUCUACUAAGUCAGCAACAGCAUAUUCGAAAAUCAUCUCAAACUAAUACGGCUUCAUCAUUAAUAGAUCAAUACAAUGUUGAUGAUCAACAAAUAAAAUAAAUAAUUAUAAUUUAU